AUGGUAGAGUGUACAAGUGUGAAGCAAGCAUUUACGGGCUUCAGCGAGUUCACUUUUAUAGGCAAGUCACCGUGUCUUGGACAAACUGUCGCUCGAGUAGCCGGGACCACUUGGAAGGAAUUCAUGAAUCAAUCUGUGGACCCCGAACGAGGUGGGGUAUUCGAAAUUCCUAGCUCCGAUGCAAAUGGAAGUGGUCUUUAUGGGCCCAAUACAUCUGACCAGAUGGUAGGAGCCUGUUUGGCCAGCCAUCAGUACAAAGUAGUCUUGGAAAUGAGACAUGAUGGUGGCUAUCGCAAGUGUAUGGAGCAGACGAGCUCCAUAAGUCAAUUAUCUGAAGGCUUAAGUGUGGUGAUGACGAACGUAAAGACGCUCUUGAUGAUAGGGAAUCGUAGUAGUGACAUUGUAUUACGGUUAGGUCAAUCCGCUGUACUUUCCAGGAGAAUCUGGACCCUCUCCAUCCUUUUCAGAACUCGCAUUCCACAGGACAGUGGCCCAGCCACUAAAUCUGGCAGGGUCAACCUCUUCCUAUGUACAUUUGGGGGCAAUAAGUGA